UACAGGCCCCGAGAAACUCAGGAUUACAGAGAUAGAAAUCAAAAUAGGAGGGACUAUACAAGACGAGAUUUUAAUCCCAGAAGGGAAAACGAAAAUAGAGACAACGGAAGAGGAAAUUAUGAACAAAGAAAUAGGCAAUGGAAUGAGGACAGAAAUCGAGAAUACCAGAAUAGAAACACCACACGCUCAAAUCAAGAAAACAGAAAUAAUGGUAGACAAAAUGAACAGGGAUAUCAAGAAAACCGAAACAGAUCCGACAGACCAAGAGAAAAUAGAAGAGAAGUAAAUAAUACCCAGACAGAUGGAUAUGACGGAGAGAGACAUUAUGACGAAAAUAUAAACAACGAUGAGCAACCGGCGUUUUUUCACGACGGCGCUCACUAAAAACCAAAAAUCAAACAGGAAUCUUUUGUAACCCCAAGGAGUUUAUUAAAUUGGCAAGAAACAACGAAAAGAAAAAUGGAGUUAAUUUAAAAUUUGUGGAUGGAUUUAUCAACGAGAAACCAAUUAAAAUUAUGAUAGACACUGGAUCUGAAAUAACAUUGGUCAACAGAAAACUAAUAGAAGAAGUUAACUUAACAAAUUUAAUUUACAAAAUACCUAGGGUAAAUUUAGUGGGCGCAAACAAACGGACAUUGGCAACUAUAAAUGAAGGCAUACGAGUAAUGGUACGACUGGGUAAGAAGAUGUAUGCACUACAAUGUGUAAUAAUGCCAAACAUGUCACAUGACAUGAUAGUAGGAGUUGACGAAUUGGCAGAAAAACAUGUAGUGAUAGAUUUUAAAAAUAAUACGAUGAAUCUAACAGAAGAAAAAGAAGAAGAACAGGACAAGGAACAGGAGAAACAAAAUACGGACGAAUCAGGUAAAGAACAAACAGUGGAAAUGAAUUUGGCAACGAAGCAAGGACAAAGAAGAAAAGGGAGAAAAAGUCAGAAAAAGACAAAAGAAAAUGAAACCUGUGGCUCCUCAAAAGAAGAGUUGAGCCCAGAAGAAGAAAAUUUGAGAGUAUCAGAAACAAAGGAAACCUGGGAUUCCUCAAAAGAAGAGACGAGCUCAGGAGAAGAAGAAAUAAAGCAAAAAAAUGAAAGCGAAAAAGAUAUGAUCGAAAGAGUGGCAUUUGAAGAGGAGGCAUAUGAAAACGAGGAUGCAGAAUACACGAUAAAAGUAUGUGAAAAAUCUGAGGAAAAAGACAGAAGAUUAAUAUGGGAAAAAGGGAAAGACAACAUAAUAGCCGACACUCUAACACAGGAUGAGGACACUGAAAAUAAGGAAACAAUUACUCUACAGGUGGGACUAAUUAGAGUAAUACAAGAAGAAGGGGUAUAAGACGUAGAUUAAAGUAAGGAAAUAUACAGGGAGUUGGUUUUGCCUCGAGAAAAUUUAUUUAAAAAUGCAGAUAAAUUUUAUCGAAUACAAGGCGGGGAUUUGUUAUAUUUCUAUUUGAUAUAAAAAUUAAAAUUUGAUAAUUAUAAACAAAAUUCACUUUAAUAUAAAAUAUUUUUAAUUUUCUCAACCUCGGGCAUAUAAAUUUAGAACAACCUGUAUACAACAAAUUGUUAUAUUUAAUUUUAAGAAGUGAUUAGAAUAAGCGUACGAAACUCGGAACAAUGUGCUUAGAUAAACAAAGUGAAUGACGCGUACCAUUAUCGUUCUUCUCGGAAGGUCGAUCAUUAGCCUAUGCUAAAUAAAACUCAGUGAAAUAGAUGAUAGUUCAUUAUCGUUUUUCGCGGAAGGUUUCGAUCAUUAGCCUAUGCUAAAUAAGACUCAUUUGAAAGAGAGAAUAGGUCAUUAAAAUUUGUAAAUAGUUAGAAAGUAUUUUAGAAUGGGAAUUAAAUAUUUUCUUUUGAAAUCCAUUAAGCAUAUUUAGAAAGAUUAAAAAUUGGUUUUGAGGAAUACUGCGAAUGAGAGUUGGUGGUGGAAGUUUGAUUUGUGAAUCUGGAAGGGAUAUUUAGAAAGUAGGGGAAUGAAUGACAAAUAGAGAUCAGAAUGUUUUGAGCUGUCGAGAAGUGAAGUCGAGUAGUAGACGGUAGUGUACGGAGAGUGAGAAAGCCGAUGUAGUUCCGUGAGUGUGGAGUAUCUAUCGUGGAACGAGAAGUAGGCCAGGUCGAGAGUAAAAGAACCUCCUUGAGCCAAGAGUGUCCCGGUAGCUGAUAGCAGUUUCGAGAAAGGUAGAACACAGCAUCACGACAGACGCAGGAACGAGAGCUAUACGAGCUAGUUUUUCAAAGGAGAACAUUACUGGAAGCCAGGACGAGGUUUGAUCGCAGCCAAGGAUAGCAGGAAACGGGUCUUGUGUGAGGACAUUUUCAGUUCACCAGGAAAAGGUCAGUCUCAUUUGUUUGGACAUGAAUGUAUGGGUUUUUCGUAUUAAAUUCCACAUAAAAAAUUGAAUAACAAUCAAUAAUAUCAGAAAAGCUUCAUCAAACUUAAAUAGAGUUGUUCCUAAUAACUCCUAAUAGUUAAAUGUUAAUAAAAACUUUCAAUUGAAAACCAAAAGGAAAUAAGAUUCCCAUUUGUAAAUGUUAUGUUUAAGAAUAAUAAGAAAUAGCAAAUAUUAAGCAUUGAUUGCCUUUUAAAUAAAAUAAAAAAUAUUUUGAUUAUAAUUGUAACCCAUAUGUGUAUUUUUUUUACUCUUUUCUUUUCUAUCCCGAUU